ACGCUGAAUGAUGUUGUGAGAGCAGAUAAAUCUGAGGAAACACCGAGCCGGAGGAGAAACUUUAUGAAACAAACAGUUUAAAGAAGAUGGAUUUUACAGACAUGUAGCCGAGCCUCGUGUUGUCUACCAAGAUGUUGUGUUUGGGUUUAAACGUGAUGAGGUCAUCGCUGUCUUUACAGAAGCUGUGCAUCCUGUCGCUGCUGCACACCAGACCCUGUUCCUCUCUGUGUCCUCUGCAGAGGAGCAGUAGGAGGAGCGCUGCUGCUCGCUGCCUCUCUACUGCUCCUCCUCCUGCUGCUCCUCCUCCUGCUGCUCCUCCUCCUGCUCUCACUGACUCCUCUGACUGCUCUGAACCAGAACCGGCCCUCAGGACCUCUGGCUGGACCCCGGACCAGGGUCCCCCUCCGGCUCCCACCCACUGCUGCAUGAGCGGCUGCCAUAACUGCGUGUGGAUCGAACACGCCGAGCAGCUGCUGAGCUUCUACAGCGACGGAGGAGACCGGGCGCUGGCGGCCAUCGAGGAGAACGUCCUGGACGAGAACCUGAAGACCUACCUGAAGAUGGAGAUCAGACUGUUGAAGAAGACGUGACUGAAGAUUUAUGAAGCUCUCAGUCACUGAUUCACUUCCUCCUGCAGGUCACUCUGUUUAUAUCUGCAGAACAUUUCAGAGAAUCCUGAAAAACUGCUUCAGCUAAUAAUUCAACAUUUACAGCUUGAGGACUUUCUGUCUGUCACAUUCAGGCCCUCACCAAAUUCACAAACUGCUGAUUAACCCUCUCACUGCCAGACAAAGCUCUCUGUAUUUCUCAGUAAACCAGAGUUAUAUUGUUAGUGUUGACAUUCCUGCACCAAAGGAUGCAUUAAAUGUCAAACAGCCAGAGUUAAUGGGGGAAGAAGGAGGUAGACACCGUGUGAUGGUGGAGUGAUGGUUAUGUCAGAAAACAAAACAGUUUAUUCAGAGUUAUAUUCGCUUUCCUGAGUAUAAUGUAAUUAUUACUAACAGGAAUAAUGACAAACAUUGUCAGAAAAAUCAGAAUUGUUCCUCAUGUUUCCUGUUCAACCUGAUGAAAGCUUAAUUUGAACAUUAGUCUGAUUCACUCCUCUUUAUUAUUCUGAUUCUUUUUGUCAAAAACGCACAAAACCUUUUGCACAUUUGUUUUAUUUAAAGUUUGAACUGAAGUGUUAAAAUAUAUUUUUAUGUGUUUACUAAUCAUUUGUUUUAUUAUAUUUAAGAUAUUUUUACUGAUGUAUUUGAAUUAUUUAUGAGAUGUUUGUUAAUUAAAUGUUUCUGAGAUGAAC